AUGCAGCUUCCUCUUCCUCCUCUCUCCCGAUCUGGGGCACCCUAGAGGAGAUGGCUGCUGCUGAAACAGCCAGUCUCCCCCAGAGCCCUGUGGGUGUCUGCCCCUCUCCCACUGCCAUGGCUGACACUCCAGGGAGCCAAUCUGAAGACCAUGGCCCCAACAGGCAAGAUGAAGUGCCAAGCACCUCACAUGACCACGAAGAUGCCAGCUCCUCACUCCAAGAUGCACUACGGGUGAAGAAUGAGCUGGUACAAUUCCUGCUCAGUAGGUAUCUUGCCAGGGAGCCGAUCACAAAAGCAGAAUUGCUGAAUAGUGUCCUCAGAGAUUACCAGGACCACUACGUGGUGAUCCUCGGUCAAGCCUCAGAGUACCUGCAGCUGGUCUUUGGUUUGGAGGUGAAGGAGGUGGACCCCAGUGAGUACACCUAUAUCCUGGUCCCCACCCUGGGCCUCACCCUCAAUGAGAUGCUGAGGGAUGAGCAGAGGUUGCCCAAGGCCGGCCUCCUGGUGAUAGUCCUGUGCCUGAUUGCUGUGGAGGUCAACUCCGCUCCUGAGGAGGCAAUCUGGGGCGCACUCAGCAGGAUAGAGGUGUAUCCCGGGAGUGAGCACUACAUCUAUGGGGAGCCCAGGGAGCUGCUGACCCAAGUGUGGGUGCAGGAAGGUUACCUAGAGUACCGGCAGGUGCCUGACAGCAACCCUGCUCGCUCUGAGUUCCUGUGGGGUCCCCGGGCCUAUGCAGAGACCAGCAAGUCUGAAGUCCUGGAGUAUCUGGACAGAGUCAGUUGAAAAGGUCCCAGUUCCUUCCACCCCCUCUGCAGAGGCUGCGACGGAGGAGAAAGGGGAACUCUGAGCCAGAGAAGCAUCCAGGCUCCUUCCAGGCCCACGUCCAACAGCUUGUCCUGGGAGCAGGAAGGGAGGCUGAUCUUUCCCUCUGUGACUGAAGAGGGAGCAGUCAGCCUUCUUAGCAGUGAGGACUUGGGCCCAUUGGGGGAACCUGGUAUGUGGCAUCUUUGUGUUCCUUUUCUCUACAAUGACAUGGGGACUCACCUCUAUUUUCUUUAGGAAUUUUUCAAGUAUUACUGCUUUUUAAUAGAAGGCUUAAGGAGUUUCAGUGUUUAACUGUCAGUGACAUUAAUCACACUAUGUUUGUACUUACCAUUUCAAGAAUAAGAGUUUUGCUAUUUUGUAAAAGGAAGUUAGGAACUCUUCCAUUUUAUUUCAUGGUUUUGAACAAGAUAAUAUGGAAUUAGAAUGAUUUUGGAAAUGUGAACUUACUUAGUAGUUACACAGUUGGUGGGAGAAUUCUAAAAAAAUAAAAUUAAAUUAAAAAAAAAAGAAUAAAGACAUUGGACUUCUAAAAAAAAAAGUGAUUGUAGUGAAGUCUUGCUUCUUAUACUUUUUGUCUAUCAUUUUGUACAGCUAAGCUAUCUCUGUUUAUUUGGAUUUUCCCGGCUUAUUUAAGGUAUGAGAAAAUUGAUCUGAAUUCAUGUUGAUCUCACGUGUAUUUGUACUUAUCCAAUUCAAGACUGAGGUUUGAUAUUUGUAAAAUCAAUUAGGAAGCCUUCAGUCAUGGUUUGUGAUCCCAAAUUAGAUAACAUAGCAUUGGAACAGGAAUGUACUUGGAAAUGUGAAAGUAAUUAGCAGUAUAAUUAAUGGGGUCAAGAAAUAGAGAAAUAAAAGUAAAUGGUUGUUAAUUAUUGAAUUCUUAUCCUCUUUUUCUGUCAUUCUGUAAAAUUAAAAUAUAUAUGUACAACCUGGAUUUGUUUGGCUUAUUUAAUAAAGUAGAAAAUCUGAAUGAAUAA